AUGCAAAUAUAUAUAUAUAUUUAUAUAUGGACAUUUGCAUCUCCUCUUUUUUUUUUUUUUUCUGGAAGUGUUUCACGAGCAACUUGCGUGGCGGGACCCCACAAUUUAGUUUGUAGGUUUCCCGCGUGUGGCAAGAUGUCGCCUUCCCUGCCAGUCGUGGUCAGUGUUGCAGAUGGCGUGGCAGAGUCGAGUGGGUUUUACGACGAGGUCUUUUUUACGGAGCAGGAGCCGGCGAAUACCGAUGAAACGACGUGUGAGAAUUUAGUAAAGACAACGAGAGUCACAUCAACACUCUCUCCCGUAGAGCAGCGUAUUCAGGAGCUUAAUGCGAUGCGGGCAGAGCGUGUGGCUAGGCGACGUAAUCCCGAUAACAUUUUCUUGAAGGCAAUGCAUGUUGUGAUGCCAUACGGUGGCAUCUUGUCCUCCGCGUUCAACCUUGCUAGCUCGACCCUUGGCGCCGGCAUUGUUGCACUUCCCGCUGCAUUCAAGAUGUCUGGAAUUGCCAUGAGCAUUCUGUACCUUUUUAUUGUGGCGUCCAUGGCGGUGUAUUCCUUUGUGCUGCUUACCGUUGUCGGUGAGCGCACGGGGCUGCGGAGCUACGAGAAAGUGACACGCCUGCUCCUGGGUCGAGGCGCUGACUAUUUGUUGGCGGUUCUCAUGUGGAUUCUUUGCUUUGGUGGGGAUGUCACGUAUGUCAUAUCCAUGCUGGGAAUUAUAAAGGGGUUUGUCAACAAUGCCGAAUCUACACCUGAAUUCCUGAAGACACUGCCCGGAAACCGACUGCUUACUAGCAUUGUGUGGCUGUUUUUCAUGCUUCCUCUUUGCCUGCCGAAGGAGAUCAAUUCGCUCCGUAUUGUUUCUACAAUUGCAGUUUUUUUUAUAGUCUUUUUUGCCAUUUGCAUCGUUGUUCACGCGGCACAGAAUGGUCUAAAGAAUGGCAUACGGGAUGACAUUGUGUAUAUUCAGAGCGGCAAUCAGGCUAUUACUGGACUCUCCAUUUAUCUCUUUGCCUACGUGAGUCAAGUGAACUGUUACGAGGUAUAUGAAGAAUUAUACAAGCCCAGUGUGGGGAGGAUGACGAAGAGUGCAGCCCUGGGAACGUCGCUCUGUACCGUGUUGUAUCUUGUUGCCGGUGUGUUUGGGUACCUGGAAUUUGGCCCCGCCGUGACGGAUUCCGUCCUUUUGCUUUAUAAUCCCGUGCAGGAUAAAAUGAUGGGUGUCGCGUACGCCGGCAUCAUUGUAAAGCUCUGUGUUGGCUACGGGCUACACAUGAUACCCUGUCGUGAUGCUCUUUACCACAUCCUCCACAUUGACGCGAGGUUGAUUGCGUGGUGGAAGAACUCAUUGAUUUGCGCUACAAUGGCGUUCUUGUCCCUCAUUGUCGGUCUGUUUGUUCCACGCAUCACUACAGUUUUUGGGCUUGUUGGCUCCGUCUGCGGUGGCUCCAUCGGCUACGUAUUCCCCGCACUCAUGUUCAUGUACUGCGGCAACUUCAACGCCCGCUCCGUCGGAUGGGGGCACUUCAUUGGGGCGUAUUUGUUGCUGAUUGUUGGUGUUAUUGCCAUCGUCUUUGGGACCGCCGCCGCUAUUUACUCGGAGCUGCAAAAUGGAUGA